AUGGCCAUUGAGUCCAGACUUGAUUGGACUGGUAUGGUGUGUGGGAAGUCCGUGGUUAAGAAUGAAGGAGCCGCGGAGACGAGAACCGAGAUUGUAUCGCUGAUGGAGUUUGAGCUAUAUGGAUAA